AUGGAUUUGGAUUAUGUGAAUUUGAACAGGCUUUCGGACAGGGAAAUAGCGGCGCAUAUGCGAAAACUAAAUUAUGAAAAAUUCAAGUCAUUGGUGCGCAUGCACCUAUCAUUUGAACUUGACUUGAAUACCGAUGAAUUUGAUUUACCCUGCCAUGAAAUUGUUUAUGAGGACAAAGGCAAGCUGAAAAAGUGGAAUCGGUUAUCGAAGAAACAGAAGCACGCAUCUACGAGUUGCACGAAUGCAUCAAAGGGUUCUAUUAGCGCCGAAAAUAGUCCAGUAGAACUUUUAAAUCAACAAAUUAAUGCAGGUUUCCUAAUGCAUUUAGAGGAGCUGAAACAGUUUCUGUUACUGGAGAAAAAUUUAACACAAGAAGGAAUUUUUCGUAAAACCGGGUCUGCCUCCAGGCAAAAUGAGUUACGUCAACAGGUGCAAAAUGACAAGCCUCUCGAUUUGGAAGGAGGUGGCUACUCAGCACACGAUUGCGCAACAGUAUUCAAAGGAUAUCUCGCCGACUUACCUGAACCGUUACUAACUGAUGCACAUUAUCCUGCACAUCAACAAAUUGCACCAUUAUGUCUAGGUUCCGGCUCAAACAGCAGCAGCAGUACAGGCACUUUGACACGUCCUCACAACCCGGAACGUAUUAAACGUGAGCAACACUUGCUCAAUUCCAUACAACUACUUUUGCUAUUAUUACCGGACGAAAAUAGGCAAUUAUUGCAGCAUAUUAUUGAAAUUCUCCAUGCCGUAUCAACAUUCCAAAAUCAAAAUAAAAUGACACCAGAAAAUUUGGCUACAAUUUUUGCGCCGCAUCUUAUAUGUCCACGAAAUCUACCACCGGAGGCAUUGCACUAUAUUUCUAAAACCAUGUCGAGCAUUAUCGCUUAUAUGGUAUGCAAAGGCCAGGAAAUAUUUGAAAUGCCGGCAAAAUUAUCAACCGACAUACGCGCCUAUUUUAUGGAGCGUAAACGUAAGAAAACAAUGUCGCCGGAACAAACACUCGACGAAUCUAUAUCGGAUAUGUCAACGGUGAAUACAGUUUAUACGUUUGUCGAUCGCGAGAAAACGGCUGCCGCACACACUGCUAACAACACCGACACUGAGUUGGCGCAACUGUAUGCUCACAUACAGAGUUUACCCGAAUCAUCAAAAAAACGACGACUCAUCAAACAGUUCAAUAAACAAAACGGACAGGGUACACCGCUCCAAUUGGUGGUUAUGAAUCGAUUGAAGGGCACAGAUGCGUCGCGCAGCGCCAAAUCUAUAGGCGACUCUAUCAAGAAACACAUUUUCCAUAAAGGUCUCAUUUCAAGAACACCAAAACGGCCCGCCGCGGCCACAACAACACCACCAGCUGGCGUUGAAACACCAAUUUUCGCAAAUACACAUAAAAAUCCAAAAUUACGAGUACUAUUCCGUAGUCCAGCACUUUCCCAAAUCAGCAACUCUUACUCAGUUGCCAAUACACCUAUCAGAUCAUCCUCAUCAUCAACGUCAACAUCAACAACUACUCAGUCUUUGCAUGUCACUAAUCGCACGCACAUUAACACACCAUCAUCUUCAUGCGCGUCAUCGACCUCAUCUUUGUCUACCACACCAUUUUCAACGAAAUCACUACAUCAACAUCCGCUACAUAAAUCCAUCUCAUCAAACUCGCUGCUUUCACAUUCGUCUGCAACGGAACAACACAAAUUGACACUUCAACAGAAUGUGAAUGAUGAAGUGUCUGAAUCGUCUUCCCUCUCCUCAACCAGCAGCGAUGGUAUGCCACUAGCACCAGCGCCCAAGUACGACUGCUCCGUUUCCGCGCCCGUCAGUCGUCAGAAUUCGGAGGAAUCUAAUACCGGCGCAGGUUUCACGAACCGUUUUGCCUUACGCUGGGAUGCCAGUUGUUGUACGCCACUGAAACUCUCUUCAGAUACAACAAAACAACAAACAGCAGCUGGCAACGCUACGGACGCACGCAAAACUGUAGCUUGGGAUGAAGCACAUCUCCUAGACAUCGAGGAGAUAUCAAACCCGUGCACGCCAAUACAACAAAAUUCUGCCGGUUACAAAUCGCGCUACAAAUCGGAACCGAACUUGAGCUGCGCCAGCGAGACGGUUGCUAUGCGCGCGAACACACAGGAGAGCACUUCGAAGUAUGCCAGUGGCAGUCGUUCCCUAACACGUAAACUAAUGAAAGGUGUUAGUAUGAGUAAUCUGAAAUUUUCUUUCGCCACGCCUGAAUCAACGAAACGGCUGGUGCGAAGUGUGUCCUCUACUUUGAUGCGACGAUCUGCCGGAGAGGACGAGUUGUCAAAAAGUGGCUGCGUCAGCACUAAGGGGAAAGAAGAAACUGCAGAAGCAACAAAUGCAGUUGUGGCAGAGGGUCUUGAGGAUUUGGAUGAUGAAACUUUUGAAGACAAUCCCGAUGAUCAUUUGGAUAGCGAUAGCGAUGCAGAUGUGCUAGACGAAGAAGAGGAGGUGGAAGCUUACGACAGUGUUUAUGCAACAGCGUAUAAUGUAGGCGUUACAGCUGUGGAUGGGCGUAGUAGCAAUAGUAAUUCGAGUGACAGCAGCAUAUCGCGUUAUCAUCAGCACCUUUUACUGCAGCAAAGUGGCGUAUAUAGAAAUAUGGAACUAAUAACGAGUACGCCUUCAAUGUUGCUUGGCAGACGUUCAAUGUCGCCAAUUACAAAAUCCACACAGCGCAUGCCCAAAGCGAUGCAGGAAUCCAUAAUGACACCACGUUCACGCAAACCGGUCAUGGUGCUCACCACCACCACACACAGUACAAGCGAUCAAAAUCAAACAAUUUGCCAAACAGACUUUGCCAGUUUUCGUGAACAGGAUGAAGAUGAGAGCAAGCAUAGUCGUGCCAGCGCAGACUAUAUACAGCGAAGCGAAGUAGACGCAGCCCCACAUUUGCAGUGCGAAGAUGCCACCUCUCUGGAAAGCUAUACGGAAUUGAUGCGUGCACGUUUACCAGCAUUGGCGGCGUUGAAACACAAUGAGCCCAGCGUGGUGAAAGUGGACGCGCUUAGUAACAAUUUUAAAGAAUAUUUACGCAGUCGCAGCGUUCUCACCGCCAGCCCGGUGGACACAUCAUUCUCCAGUCAACCCGAUGAUUUCGGUACGCCGGAGAAAAAUAUAGAAGAUUUAAACGACUCACAGCUGAGUCCAAGCCUGUUGUACUGUCUCGAUGGCAAUGAACCUGAUUUAAAUGCAAUAGUUGAUGAAAAAUCCAAAAAGCCACCAAGCGAAGAGCCCAUACUGAAAAGUACCAGUGCAAGCGAAAAUAGCGUGGAAAUGUCUGCCGCAACGAGUAGCGGCAGUCAAUGUUGCACCCCCCACAAUUCAUAUUAUCGCAAUCGAUUAUACGCUCUGAACAACGUACGUAAGCGUGCUGCUAAUAGUGAAUAUGAGAAGAACGAAAUUAAAACCCCUUUAAUAACGACAGCUGCCGCAACCGGUAUUGGUGUAACGUCCGACAAUCAAAACAGUAUGCCAACAACAGCAAACAAAGAGAAUAUCGAACAAGUUGAGGGAUAUUUGCGUUCAAGAAAGCUGCUCAUUAGCGAAUAUCCCGGCGAAACAUCAUUUUAAGUUAUUUAUUACAAUUAUUUUUACUCAGAGUUAGUAAUUAGUUGAAGGAAAACUAAUUUUAUUCUAUACACAUAUAUUUAAUAUAAGCCAUUUGUGUGCGUCUUUUAACCAUUUAACGGUUAUUUAAACGCACAUUUCGUAUUCUUUGCAAAUCAAACUCGAAUUUCAAAAUGCUUCCCACUUUUUACAGAACAAAAAAAAAAAAACAAAUGAAUGAAUAAUAUUAUACAUUAAUAUAAAUUAGUUUAGUGGUAUAUUUACGUAUGUAUAUGUGACCAAAAAAUACAAUAGUUAUUAGCUGUUACAAGAGAUUAAAAAUUCUAUAUAAAUUUCUUUAUAUCUACUACUAUGUAUCCAACAUGACACUCGAAAUGAGUUGCGCAACAUAUAUACAUACAUGUUUUUAUAACAUACUUAUACAGUUUUAAAUAUUAACAUUAACAAGUAGAUUUGUAAACAAUUCAUUUGUUAAAUACUUUUAGUACUUCGCAUUAACGCAUUUCCAAAGGAGUUGAGAAAUGUAAUUAAUAUAUUUAUUCAAUAAAAACGGUUCUCUUGAUAUCCAAGAGAUAUUCAUUAAAGCAUCUAA